AUGUCGGCGCAACGAGCUGCCGUCAAGACCACGUACAGCGUCGCUCGCACCCUGCAGCCCAUCUACGCGGGCGGCAGCCUGGCCCUCAGCGAAGACGGGCGCGUCUUGGCCGCCAGCUUGGGCGAGGAUGUCCUUCUGUCCGACCUCACCAACGGCCAGGAGCUGGCAAGGGUCGACGGCGACGGCGAGGCCAUCACGGCCCUGGUGCUGACGCCAGCUGCAUCCCACCUCGUCGUCUGCUCGCGGUCGCUGUCGAUGCGCUUCUUCGCCCUCCACCCCCCGGCCACGGACGACGACACCAUCGAGCUCGAGCUUCUGCGCACACUGCGGCCCCACACAUCGCCCGUAGUCACCCUGGCCACAGACCGCAGCGGCACGCUGGUUGCAACCGGAGGCGCAGACGGCGUCGUCAAGAUCUGGGACAUUGUCGGCGGCUACACGACGCACGCUUUCCACGGCCACGGCGGCGUCGUCUCGGCGCUGCACUUCUUCGAGGUAGAGGUGGCGGAGCGCCCAGACGCCCCCGACAACAACAGGAAGAGGAAGAGGAAGUCGCGCCCAGAAGCUGCCGAGCUGGAGCACGCCCAGGGCGAGAGCCAGAUGCAGUUCCGCCUGGCCUCUGGUGCCGAAGACGGCCGGAUACGCAUCUGGGACCUGCACAAGCGCAAGAGCGCCGCCGUGCUCGACUCGCACGUCUCCGUCGUGCGCUCGCUACAGUACUCGCCGCACGAAAAUGCCCUCGUGUCUGCCAGCCGAGACAAGACGCUGAUUGUCUGGGACUCGCACACGUGGAAGGCGCAGCGCACCAUUGCUGCUCUCGAAGGCAUCGAGAGCGCAGGCUUCCUCCCCGACGGCAACACGCUGUAUUCGGGUGGAGAGAACGGCCGACUGCGCCUCUGGUCCGCGUCCAGCGGCAGAGAGCUCACCCGAGAGCAAGCGCCUGGAACCGAGACGGACGAGAUUGUCAACAUUCUCUACUAUCCUUCGUUACCCUACUUGGUCUCGGUCCAUGCCGACCAAGUGCUCAACUUCUACACCCUCAGACCAGCCGAGUCGCUCGGCGUGCAGGACACCAUCGACCCGCUCCCCAUAUUCCGCCGCGUCUCGGGAACGCACGACGAGGUCAUCGACAUUGCCUACGUUGGCAGAGACAAGUCGCUACUGGCGCUCAACACCAACUCGGAAGACAUCCGCAUCAUCACGUUGAACGAGUCUGACGGAGACGAUGCAACCCAGGGCAGAUAUUUCGGUGCGGAUGUCGGCUUGCUCAAAGGACAUGAGGACAUCGUCAUCUGUCUGGACGUAGACUGGUCAGGCCACUGGCUUGCUACAGGUGCCAAAGACAAUACGGCACGGUUAUGGCGAAUCGAUCCCGCGAACGAAUCCUACACUUGCGCCGCAGUCCUCACUGGCCACGCCGAGUCGCUCGGCGCGAUUGCAUUGCCGCAUACAAUACCUCAGGAAUCGUCAGCCGCCUUUACCGACCCCCUCUCGCAUCCUCCCGCAUACGUCGUGACCGGAUCGCAAGACAGGACCGUCAAGCGGUGGGAUACUACCAAAGAGAUGAAGGGCAAACUGCGAGCCAAAUACACCCGCAAAGCACACGACAGAGACAUCAACGCCAUCGACAUCGACCCCUCUGGCAGUCUCUUCGCAUCCGCAUCGCAGGAUCGCACCGUCAAGAUUUAUUCCGCCGCAGAGGGAGAGGCCAUCGGUGUCCUUCGGGGCCACAAACGCGGCGUAUGGUCGGUCAAGUUCGCACCCAAGGCGUCGCAGGCGCCAAACUCGGGAAACAAGGGCCUGAUCGCAACAGGCAGCGGCGACAAAACCGUCAAGAUAUGGAGCCUAGCAGACUACAGCUGUUUGCUCACCCUGGAAGGCCACUCCAACAGUGUUUUGAAGCUGUCGUGGUUGCCCUACCGGCCCGUCGAUGCACGAGACAAGCGCGGUCCGCAAGUAGCCUCUGCAGCUGGUGAUGGGCUUGUCAAGAUUUGGGACUCACUCUCGGGCGAGGCCAUGACCACACUCGAUAACCACACCGACCGUGUCUGGGCGCUCGCCGCACAUCCAACAACAGGCGCCUUGGUUUCUGGUGGUGGAGACAGUGUCAUCACGUUCUGGGAGGAUACAACAAGCUCCACGCUGGAAGCUGCGACGACUGCAGAGACAGAACGCGUCGAACUCGAUCAGAAACUACAAAACUACACGUAUGCCGGCAACUACCGCGAAGCCAUCGUACUCGCCCUCCAAAUGGACCAGCCAGCCCGCCUCUUCUCCCUCUUCAAGUCGGUAGUAGAGACUGAGCACCCAGAUGCAGACAGCCUUUCAGGUCUCCAUACCGUUGACGAAGUACUCGCCUCUUUGGCAGACGAGCAGCUGUACAAACUGCUCAUCCGCCUCCGUGACUGGAACAGCAACGUCCGCACCGCGCCGAUCGCUCAAAAAAUCCUAUGGACUGUGGUCAAGUCCUACCCUGCUUCUCGGCUAGCCAGUCUGAGGCCGCAGGGGAAAGUAGGGGCGAAGGGCAGUUUGAAGGACGUGCUGGAUGCUAUCAAGGUGUACUCUGAGAGACACUACAAGCGGGUAGAGGAGUUGGUAGACGAGAGCUACUUGCUGGACUUUACUCUAAAGGAAAUGGAUGAAGUAGCUGGGGAGGUAAAGGCCAUUACGAAUGGCACAUCGCAGCUGGAGAGAGACAUUAAUUCAAAUGCCUUCAAACAGGUCGAGGUGCAAUAUGUGCCGAUCCUGCUUGGGGGUUUGAUGAAGGUCUGUGGGAACACACCGCCGCUGAAGAUCAAGAACAAAGACAAGUGGAUCAAUACUGAGCGCCAGCGCUUGUCGAAACAGUUCAACGUGCCUAUCCUGCAAGAUGCUCCGCCUGGCUUCCCUGUCAGCACAUUGCCCAUUCAGCGCGCCCUGGUAUCUCUCUCGCUCUCUCACCCACAAAAACUUGAACGCGCAAUAGAGCUCUGCUACGAAAAUUUCUGGGCGCACUGGAACGACCCGACUAAGCCGGAGAAUCUGCAGGCUAUCCUUGGGACUGUUUUGGGCAGUGACGAAGAGGCGCAAAAGGUGAUCGCGAGGACGAAGACCGAUGAGGUGAAGCAGGCUCUGGGCGGAAACACUACCAAGGCGUUUGAAGACGGCGCCUUUGGGCUGCCAUGGUUUGUCGGUAAGCGCAGAAUUGGUGCUCUGUCGGAUAAUUGGAAAGUGUUUGUUGACCAUGUGCGACAGCUACCAACGCGAGAGGAGAGACUGAGGGGUACUGGGGCGUCGAUCACAUGGGUCAGCUAUGUGACCAUUUGGGUCUGGAGAGGCCGUCUAAUCCAGUCUACUAAAGAAAUGGAUUACUACCGACAAAAUGAACUCCCCGAGACGGUCAAGCGUUACAAGACCUACACCGACCAAUUCCAAGCGUGGUUGCUCCAGACAGCCUUCCAACGUGGCGUGGAGAUUGCAAAUGUGGUUGCAGACCAGGCUAAGAAGAAAAAGAACAAGAAGGGCUACAGAAUACCGCUACAGAAACAGGAGCAGCUCGUCAACGCCAUAGCCGCUACGAGCAUUCCGCUCGCGGACACCAGUGGUAUCGACGACCUGGGAGACGCUAUCCGGUCAAGGAAGGAGGUAACGCAAUAUCACAAACACAAUAACACGGCGGACCUGGGUCAUGAAUACUUCAAUGGCAGCUUAGAAGCGCUCAUGGCGGUGCUGAAGGAUCUUGUCCCCGGUAUCAAUAAGGCUCGAAACGGCAAGACUGACACGCCUACCCUUGUCUUCAUCCAGUUUCCCGCCGAGUCCAACAAAAGCCAAGACGAACAGGACGAUUUACUUAAGAAGAUGCGGAAGCGGGACCAGGUUGACAUGGAUGAUGGCAGCCAGCAGCAGCAGCCUCUGACUUCCAAGACGAAGACGAAGGCGCCGAUACCAGAGGAGAAUCUGCUGACUGCAGAGGAAGAACAGUUGCGCCGUGACUUUCUUGUACUCUGCUUCCUCUACAAGUUCAACCGCAUACGGGAUGUCAUCUACGAGGUGUGGGUCGCUUACCGUGAGGGCCAUGUCAAUGCGAUGACCGCAGCGCUAGUGACCGACCUCGCCCAGGAUCAUUUGCACCAGAACGUCAAGGCACUGAUGGAGGAGCUCGAUUUGCUACCAGGAGACCUGGCCAUACUCAUCCGUCAGCUUUUCGAUAAGAUCAAAGCAGCUCCCAACACUGGAGCACAGAACGCAGCAACACCGCUCACUGAAAAGGCACCGCGUCACCUGUUUUGUCUGGAUGAUGCUGCCGUCUUGAUCAAGAGCUACGUCACGAAUAAGCGCCCGAUGAAGGACAGUAUUGGCAACGACAUCCAGGAGCACCCUCUCAUGAUAUUCUUGAGGUUCUUCGACGUUAUUCGCAAGGGCAACCUCAAGCUUCCAAAGUGGGAUCACUUUACCGCAGAGAUGCUGUUGCAUCAGAGUACAUCACAAGACUACCUACCCUUCGGCCUUGCCAUUGUUCUCGACAUCCAAGAGGCAGUGCGCGACGACUGUCGUCGGAUGCUACGCGACCUCACCGAGCACGGCUUAGACAUCGCCAGAUGUAUCCGUUGUCAUGUCGACUACGAAGACCGCAUGUGGGCCAAGGGAACAAAGCCUGACUACAUGUGCAAAGAAGAGAUCAAGUUCAGUACCCUCCUGUUGAAGCCUCUAGACAGGCUGUUGGACUGGCUGCAAGAUGUUCUGAAUUCGCGAGAAGUGCCGAUGGCUGCUAGCGUCUUCAUCACCGUUCAUUCGACGCUCGCGGGACUUUCAAUGUGGCACUACAACCAGAUCUACCACCAUACUACCAUUGCCAAGAUACAGUGGUUCAUCAAUGGCCUCGCUCACCUCUACAACGCCGCCUGCCAAAUUGGCGGUCUGAACAUCCAGUGGCCAGACCUCGACUAUCUGAUCAAGAUGCAUGGGUAA